AUGGAGCAGAUUGAAGAAGCUGGUCUGGAGGAGCGCCUGAAAUCCGCGCUGUGGUUGUCUAUUGGCAAGAUCGUCGACGAGGAGACUAUCAAGCUGGGCGUUAAUGCGACGCCACAGUUUAUCGGUGCCUUGACUGAGAUGGUGUGGGCUCAAAUUGAAACUGUCAGUCAAGAUCUAGAGUCCUUUGCGAAACAUGCUGGCCGCUCCACUGUCAAUGUAUCAGAUGUGAUGCUCCUCGCUCGCCGCAACGAGGGGUUGGACUCGAUCCUUCGUGCUUUCGUUGAGCAACAGCGUGAAGAACCUGCUGAAUAG